AUGGCACCCAAGCGCAAGUCUCUCGGGUCAGAAAAGGCUCCCAAGAAGGCUCGCAAGGCGCAGCCCGAGUCGGACAUUGAGGAUGAGGAGGCUGCGUUUGCCGCCAACAGCACCCUCAACGACCCCAUGAUCGACGAGCAGGUCAGCGACGACGACAGCGACGACGACGACGAGAACGAGGAUGUCGACGAGGAGAUGGACGAGGACGAUGGUGUGGAGGAGUUUGGCGAUGAGCCUGCUCAGCCCGCCGCCGCCGGCCCCUCCCGCUCGCGCAACCUGUACGCCGCCCCCACCCUCGCUGAACUCGACGAGCUGCGUGCCGCCGAGGCGUCGGGCGGCAACAAGUUCUCCCUCCAGCUCGACGAGCUCUUGAAGUCGACUCUCCUCCCCACUACCCCUGCCCCUGCGCUCAAGACUCUUCUUGGCGCCGUCCACGACCUCGUGCACGCCAUCCCUACCCUCCCUGCCGUCGCGCCUCGCAAGGCCGCAUCGCGUCUCAAGGGCACUCCCAUCCCCUUCCCCGGCCCCAAGGAGCUGUCCCCCAUCAAGGGCGAUGUCGCUGUCCAGUGGACUCUUGGGUUUGAGGCUCCCGCCGAGGUCGUUGUUGCAGGCUCGUGGGCCGUGUGCGGCGGCUACAAGAAGGCAAAGGGCCAGGCUGGCAACGUUGACAUUGUCGUGGUGAUGCCCCAGACCAUGUUUUCCCCCAAGGACCGCAUGGCAUACCGCUACUUCCACAAGCGCGCACAUUACCUCGCUGUCAUUGCGGAUGCCCUCAAGAAGGCUUCCAAGAAGACGGACUCGCCUCUUCACGGCGUCGAGAUCGAGUGGGAGCACGCGGACGACCGCCGCCCCAUCAUCUCCAUCGCCGCUGGCAAGGCACAAGGACUCAAGCACGCGGUUGACAUCCGCGUCCACGCUUCGGUUCCCCAGGACACCUUCCAGCUGUCGACACUCUACCCUUCCAAGACGCUCAUUCGCAGCGGCGGCGACGACGACGAGUCGAACCCUACUCCCCAGUGCUCGACCUCCAUCCUUCACGACACUCUGCAAAAGGCCCACCUGUUGCAUCUUCACCGCACUUCUCAGGCCCUUGGCGACGACGACCGUGUGGCUGCCAAGUUCCUCGCUCUGUGGCGUAUCUGGGCCGCUCGCCGCGGCCUCGACCGUGCUCACGGCGCCAGCGGAUGGUUUGCCGGUCUCCUCCUCGGCUGGGUCGUCGACGGCGGCGAGGUCGGUGGCAUUUCGGGCGACCGUGCGGCCACCAAGCGCUCGCGCGGCCUGGGUCGCGGUCUUGGUGCAUGGGGUGCUCUCCGCGCGGCAUGGGAGUUCCUUGCCCACACCGACUUUGAGGCCACUCCCGUGUUCAUGGCGGGUGGCAGCGAAGGUAUCCCCAAGAGCGAGUUGGUUGGUGAGAAGGGCGACGUCUUUGUCGACCCAACGGGCUCGGUCAAUGUGUUUGGCGACUGGGAGAAGGGAGACGUUCAGCUCCUUCGUUACCACGCGCGCGAGACGCUCGCCAUGCUCGAGGACGCCAACGUCGACCGCUUCGCCGAGGUCUUCCUCCAGGACCAGACCCUCGGCCCGGCCUCGUUUGACGAGUACAUGGUGGUCACUGUGAACGACGAGGACGAUGUUGAGAUUGUCGACGAGGCUGAAUGGCCCAGCCGCAUCGCUCGCCAGGCCCGCCGUGCCGCCGACGUUCUGCGUCGUGGUCUCACUGACCGCGCCACGCUCGUCCACACCCGUGUUCUCUCCGACUCGACCUUUGCUGUCGGCCUCCUCCUGAAUGGCGCCGAUGCCACCCGUAUCCUCGACAUGGGACCCACUUCUAGCGACGAGGCUGGUGGUGCCGCCUUCCGCGACCUUUGGGGAGAGCGUGCCGACCUCCGCCGCUUCAAGGACGGUUCCAUUGCCGAGUCGGUUGUGUGGGAUGUUGCGCGUCCCGAGGACGCUGUCCUCAUUCCCUCGCUCGCUGUCAAGUGGCUCGUCAAGCGCCACCUCGGCGCUGAAGCCGUCUCGGUGUCGGCUACUCCCGAGUGGCUCUCCAUCCUCCAGGUUCCUGCUUCGGCGCGCGACGCUGUCAACACUGCCGGCGCUGAAAAGUUUGGUUUCCGCCCGAUCAUGGAAGGCUACGAGGCGUUGUACAAGCUCCUCAAGAAUGUUGACGACCAGCUCCCUCUUGCGGUCCUGCACGUCGCCCCGGCCUCGGAGCUGCUCCGGUACUCGGCUACCUUUGUUCCCCACCCCCUCGAUGCCGCGCGUGCCGCCAGCGCCCCCGCCUGCCUGUCGUACACCCCCGUCGCCGAGGUGACCCUUCAGUUCGAGUCGUCGCCUCGCUGGCCUGAUGACCUCGCGGCCAUCCAAAAGCUCAAGCUCGCACUUCUUGAAAAGCUCGCUCGCGUCGUCGAGACCCACAUGCGUGGUGUGCGCGCCAACAUUGCCCUGGACGCCGGCGCUUCCGAGAUUGAGGAUGCUGCCUCCCUCGAGGUCUUCCUUCCUGCCGGCUCGGCGUUCCGCAUCCGCGUCCACCACGACCGCGAGAAGACUCUUCUCGAGCGUGCUCUUGCCCCUCCUCCCCCAGGCAUUCCCAACCAGCUGCCUCCCCCUCCCCGUCGCCUGGUCACUCCCGCUCUUGCGCUGCACACCCGUCGCUUUGAGCACGCCCCGUCUCAUCACGCCUCCCUCGCCCCGAUGCACCACCGCUUCCCGAGCUUCUCGACCGCUGUUCGUAUUCUCAAGCGUUGGGCUGCCGCGCACCUCCUCUCCCCGCACCUGAACUCGGAGACGCUUGAGCUCAUCGUGGCUAGGACGUACCUUGACUCUGGCGCGCGUGCCACCCCGUCUUCAGCUACUGCCGGAUUCUUGCGCACCCUCGCCUUCCUUUCGUCGUGGGACUGGAACACCCAGCCUGCCUUUGUGCCUCUCCAGGCUGUCACCCGCGACGCUGCGAGCGCGUCUGGCCGUCCUCGGUUCGACGCUGCCAAGCGCGCCGAGGUGGUCGCUGCCUUUGAGAAGCGCCGUGCUGCCGACAAGGACGUCCACUCUGCCGCCUGGGUCGUGGCUACCGAGAACGACGUUGGCGGCACCCGCUGGACCGCUGGUGUUGGCAAGGUUGUCGCUGCCCGUGUCGCUGCUCUUGCUGGCGCCACCCUCGCGCAGGUGCGCGCGGCCGAGGACGAGGGUGACCUCGAGGUCUCGACCCUCUUCGCCACUCCGCUCGAGCACUACGAUGCCGUCCUCCACCUCACGGAGGGUACACGUGCCGCCGAGGCCCUCGACCCCGACACUUCGGCGUGGGAGAGCAAGCUUGCGUUCCGUAACCUCUCGUCUGUCUCGGGCACCUCUGUUCGUGUCGGCUUUGACUCGGCCGCCCUCCUCGUCGACACUCUGAAGAGGACAUAUGGUGACUCGGUCCUUGUCUUCCACGACUUGCACGGCGGCCGCGCUGUCGGUCUGCUCUGGAACCCGGCGCGCAACGCUCCCCGCGCGUUCAAGCCUUUCAUCGGGUACAGCGCCGAACCGUCCAAGGGCGAGGCGGCCCUCGUGGCCAUCAACCGCAAGGCCAUCCUGGCCGAGAUUGCGCGUAUGGGCCAGGGUAUCAUCGAGCGUAUCGAGGUGAGGAAGUAG